GACGCAGCGAAACGGACAAACGAAAGGAGUCGGAGCAAUGUUGGCCCGUCGGGAUAAUUUCUGCACUUCAACUGUCAGUCUCGCACGUACAGAAGAGAUUAGAGGACGUUUCGAGAGAGAUAAGUCCUCACGUAAAGGAAAGGAAUCCGAGAUGCCCUUUCCCGUCCGAUUAAGCAUUUUAGACAAGGUGCAAGCGCAUUUUUUGUCCAUGGGGAUGGAGUUGAAAAGUGGGUUCUAGAGCUAAAACCGUUGUUGGGACUUGGGACGGAGGAAUUGAUAGUUCGAUAGACUGAUGGGAGGCUGAAGUGGAGUUGAGAUGGAGUGAUGUGGUUGGUGCAGACGUGGUUUUUUUUGUCUCCCUUGGGACUGCGCUUAAAAAUUUCCAUAUUUUGAUGAUGUACUAGGAUUUCACAUGUCAGUUUUCUUUUUUCUCGAGAUCUGGCUGGAGGACUGGAUGGUUAUAUAGUGUUGCUUGUCCAAGUUUGUAUCUUGGAUUAUGUCUUGUUCCGUAUAAAUAAAGUCAGCCUUAUACUCUGUUGGCAAAGUUUUUUCUCUAUCCAUACGUUCUUGCGAUACUAGGGCUUUCAACUUUCGCCGUCGCACUAAUCUACUUGUGUGCUCAUCGUAUCAAGUUUGGUAUCUUCAACCAUGAACGAGUCUACGAAAACUCCAAACUUGGAGACUUCCAUAAUCACACCACCAAUGUCUUCCAGUGCUAGUGCUUCAGAUCUUCCUCUCAGUAUCCAGAAGAAGCCUGCUACUACAGAUGCGGUUAUCGAGGAAAAAAUCGAAUUCAAACCAACCACAGCGUUCAUCCUCGCUUUCUCUUCCAUAUGUCUCAUCACUCUCGCUGCUGCACUUGAUGCCACCUCUCUCAGUAUCGCGCUCCCAAUCAUUACCUCGAAACUUGGAGGAACAGCCAUCGAAGCCUUUUGGUCUGGCACAUCGUUUUUACUAACUUCUGCGGUAUCUCAGCCUGUUAUUGCGGGAUUAAGUCAUGUAUUUGGGAGAAAAGAACUAAUACUUGGUUCGGCUUUAUUCUUUGGCAUCGGUAGUAUCUUGGCGGCCGUGGCAAAUAAUUUUACUUUGAUGCUGGUGGGAAGAAGUAUUCAAGGCAUUGGAGGAGGAGGAAUCUUGGCUUUGGGUGAGAUUCUCAUCACAGAUUUGGUCCCUCUUUCUGUUAGAGGUGCUUAUUUUGGUUAUAUGGGUAGUAUUUGGGCUAUCGGGAGUGUUGGUGGUCCAUUAAUGGGCGGUGCUUUCGCAGAAGAUGUCUCUUGGAGAUGGAUCUUCUGGAUCAAUAUCCCCAUCAUUGUAUCCGGAGCAGUCGCAAUCAUUCUAUUCUUGAAAAUCACACGCACGCCAGGAAAUCUAUUAGCGAAAGUCAAAAGAUUCGAUUGGUUUGGUUCAGUCAUCUUUGUUUCUUCAACAAUAUCUUUCUUGAUUCCUAUAACAUGGGGUGGUGUAAUGUACGCUUGGGAUUCAUGGAGAGUACUCUUCCCUCUCUUAAUGGGAGUAGCAGGUUUAAUCGGUUUCUCCUUUUAUGAAAAGAGACUCUCCGAUCGCGCAUUCGAUUCCGAAGGCGAACUCCUCCCAGGAGACAAUGUCGAGCCCAUUAUUCGUUUCAGUAUCUUCGGUACAUGGUCAUCGAUUUCUAUAUACUUUCAAACAAUGGUUCACGGAAUGGUCCUUUGGUCUUUGUUGUACUAUCUUCCCUUGUAUUACGAGGCUGUUCAGGGAUAUACACCUAUUAUCUCCGGUGUAGCCAUCUUACCUGAAACUAGUUUCGUUGCUCCUAUGUCAAUAGUAGUCGGUGUCCUCGUCGCCAAAACAGGCCGUUACAGAUGGGCACUCUGGUCCGGCUGGUUCCUUGCAACUUUCGGUUCAGGAAUUCUCUAUCUACUCAAACCAUCCACUUCAAUUGUGCAAUGGGUAUUCCUCAAUGUUCCCAUCUCAAUCGGCACGGGAAUGUUGUUCCCAGCCAUGUCACUCGGAAAUCAAGCCGCUUCCCGUCCACAAGAUGCAGGUCACGCAGCUGCUUUCUACUCAUUUGAUCGUGUGUUUGGUCAAGCGAUUGGUGUUGCUAUCGGAGGUGUUGUGUUUCAAAAUCAAAUCAAGGAGAAACUUCUCGCCUAUCCACUUCUUGCUAGUAUGGCAACAGAAUACAGUAAAGAUGCAACAGCAUUGGUGCAAUUGAUUCAGAAUAUGGAAGAAGGAUUAGAAAAGACUCAAUUGAGAGAGGCGUAUGCGGAUAGUUUGAAGAUGAUUUGGAUUGUCAUGUGUGCGUUGUGUGGGGCGGCGCUGGUGUCAAGUUUGUUCGUGAAAGGAUACAGUUUGGAGGUGGAACAUAAGACGUUGCAGGGGUUGAAGGAAGAGCAGAAGAAAGAUUUGGAAACUGUGGGGGAGAAUUGAAGGAGGGUCUGGGUUCAUGAUUUAAUGACUUUGGAUUUAUGCUUUUUAAUUUCGGAGAGGUCUUUGGUGUGAUAUGAUAGAUAUAGGGUGGUGUUUGGGAUAUAUAGAGUAUAGUUUAGACUCCUAGACGAGGAGAAGGAUAGAGAUUUAUUCCCCUCUUUUCACUGCGGAACUUGGAAUAUUUAGUAGAAUAAUGUUAAUCUUAUUUCUCUCA